AUGUCGUCAAUUACAAUUGCUAGCCUGCCCAGGAUGGCACGGGAAACGCUCUCAUCCAUAAUCCAAACCCCAGCAGCAGCCAGCAAUCUUGCUAUCAUAGAUGUUCGAGAUUCCGACCAUGUCGGUGGUAACAUCGUCACCUCAAAAUGGAUCCCAAGUUCUUCAUUUGAUGUCCAUAUCCCAGAGCUUAUCCGGACACUCAGGGACAAGGAGAAAGUCGUCUUCCACUGUGCCCUGAGCCAGCAGCGUGGCCCGUCCGCUGCUCUGAAAUAUGCAAGAGAGCGAGCUAGGGUUCUAGACGAUGAAGAAUGCGCUAGGCAGACCGUUUUUAUACUGGAUGGGGGCUUCGUCAAGUGGCAGGAGAUAUUUGGCAAUGACCCGAAGCUCACAAAUGACUACGUUAAAGAUAUCUGGGACGAGUAUUGA